CCUUCGUUAGAAGUUAUUUCCGAAAAGAGGCCACUGACAGAGUUCAACAUAAUUUUGUGUCUGGUGGCCUACACCAACGUAGCUUUUCUGGUGGACGAGGACACUACAAAGACAACAUAAACUCCAGAUAAUGCUUCUCACCUGUCACUGUUUGAACUUCAAGCUACGGACAAGCCAGGGUCUAAAUUUCACAUGUAGAUCUGAAAUUGCAGGUCUGCCAAAGGAACAUAGCCAAUAUGACUUCUUUCAGAAAAAGCUGGAUGAAAUUGAGAUAGCAGAUGGAAGUUUGUCACAGGAGCAGUCCUACCUGUUCCAUAAGCGACAGUUAGGGGACUGGGUGUUACAUCGCUGUCUUAGCUGUGGAAUCGACACUCAUGCUGUUUGUUCCACAAGUAGACCACCCAAGGUGCUGGUCAGUGACAUGCUUCAGACAGAUUCACUGGUGAUAGAGAGACUACAGCAGUCACCUGACUUCUCCCAGGUAUUUGGUAUCGUCAUGACAACGGCAGAGAGUGAUAUCCAUUCUGGCAGUAUGCCAGAUUUGUCUUCCCGUAACUAUGAAUCUCUACAAUCUCAGCUCAAUAAUAUCCAGCAACACUUGAGUAGUUACCUACUGCAGGAGGAGGCCGCUAUGGAAGACAGGAUCCGCACAUAUGAAGAGGAAGAGCGAGAACGUUUUCAGAGACUACAGAAUAAAGUCAGAAAUGAUAAGAAGAAAAUGGUCAGUUUACUUCUAACAGCAUCUGAGAAUCAGUCAAAGGAUACUGGUGUCAGCGGGAAAAGGAAUCAAGGAUCUGGAGAUGGGAGGAAAUUGGACAGGAAGUCAGUUGGUAGUUCUUCCUCUGCUGUGGCUGUUCCAGGACAGGGUUCCAGACACCUAAAUGUCAACAGGACUAAGUCUACACCGGUGCCAAAAAUCCAUUCCAUCAGCGAGUACCAGGAGAAUCCUGACUCAGAAGGCAUGUUUAUGUUGGAUGAUGAUGGGGGCGAUGGACCAGAGGCUUUCUAUUCCUCUGAAGAUGAAGAUGAGGAAGAGGAGGAGGAGGAAGAAAGACCGAGGGAGAGAAGGAGUAUGACUCCAAUGAAAACUUCCAUCUAUUCCUCUUCUAUGCCCAUUUCUGUACCAAUCUGGAAUAGGACUGGUCUGGAUGAUGGUGUGACCGACAGUGAUAAGUUGACCCCGAGUGACCCUGAUCAGAUAGCUGCCUCCAUGCAGGCUCUCGCCCAAAGUAUUACAAAUGAUGAACGCUACAUCUUCGGUGAUCGACCACGUCCGAGGCUGAACACUGGGGACUUCAAGCGCCCAAAUCUCAAUGCGAAAAGCUACAAGUGAAGAUAAAAUGUUGUGUAUGGACAAGUUGACUACACCUUACAAAAUUUUGGUCAUUGAUUUUACCUUAAAAUUUUGUGACUGAGAAACAGGGUCGUAUGCAGAUAUUGUUGGACCUAAGGUGGAUGAUGUUCUCAUUUUGAUUUGUUAUGACAAUUUAGAGGACACGUCUAGUUUUCAUUAUUGGUGCAUUCAUAUAGAGAGAUCUGUUAUACAGAGGACUAUUAAAUGAUAGAUGUAGACAGAUAUCUACCGUAGAAAGAUCUUGUCUAGGGAUUAUAAGUGCGCGAGUAUUUUUACAUAAAUCGUAUGUAUGCAGGGAUCUUGUAUGAAGAAAGAUCAUCCUAACAGAUCUUGUUUAUCCCUAAUUGCUACUAAAUGAAGAAGGCCGUAUGUUUACACACCAUCGAUUAUAUCCUAGGCAGGGUUAUCCUUUAUAUCUUAUAUAUUCUUUUAACAUAAACUGCCAAAUUUGCAUGCAAGGAUCUGUUGAGUAUCACAUAUGAAACCUUCAUGCCAUUUCUCACAGUACUAUCAAUCAUCAGAAAAAGUCAAUAAUUUUAUAUACAAAUAUACCUGCUUGGAAUCUAAGCCAUGUGUCCCAGUAUGCACCGAGUUACGGCCCUUUGUUCAUCUGAUGCCAGAAUUUGAUCAGAUGUCUGGGAACUAUGGAUGGCUAACAAUAACCCUGCCUUGUUAACAAUGUCUUGUACAAAGAUCAGAGAGGAAGUAUUUUGUGAACAGACUCUGUGGAGGCAUCAACAUACAGUAAAUAUCAUAAUAGAUCUUUCAAAUUUAUGUGUGUAGCAAGAUGUUAUAAAUACAAACCUUGUUUAUAUCACAAGUUUGAUAGAAAGCCUUUUAUAUGCAGUUAUUGUUUACUGUACAUGACGAUCAUGUGGAGAUGUUAUUGGAAAAUUUGGUAUUUUAGAGAUUAGUCUGGAUACGUGAGAAAAUCACUGAGCUUAGACUAGGUAUUUCUUUUUAGCUCAGAUAAAUCUGACUUUAUUGUGUAUUUUUUGAGAAAUUUGGAUAAAGGUAAUGUUAAGAGUGAAAGUUUUGAUGAAUCGGGUUGUACUACUAACAAGUUUUAAUUUCUGUUACAUGUGCUGAGUUUGUUGUGUUUUACCAAAUUUAAUGUGACUUGUAUAGGAUAUUACUACAUUGUGUAACUGGUGGAUACAUUUUAUGUCUGGGUAUUUUACUGUUCAAAAUAUGAACAAAAUGUAAAAAAAAUAUUGGCUUUGUGUAUCAAUACUCAUGGCCAUUACCUUUAAGUGAGUCGUUAACUUUACAAAAUGUAAUUAUACAGUCGCAAUUGAAAACAUGGAAUUGUACAGAAACUGGAAUUUUUUUUUCUCCAAUUUUUUUUUUUUUUUUUUACUUACCGGUAAAUUUCUUUUGCAUAAACAUCUUUUUUACAACCUAAUUCUUACCAUCUUACUAUCACUAGUACUGUUACAGAAAAAAAAAUUUAACAGGAAGGAGAAACAAAAAAUGUCCUGCCCCAACUGGGGAUUGAACGAAUGAUGAUCUCUCCCUCAACAAAUACCCUACCACAAGCUAAAGGGAAAUUCCUCACCAGGGAUGGACAUAGCCCUUACAGAAAUGUUUAGAAACAAUUAAAUAUACAUCUUUUUGAUCAUGUAUAUAUACCCGAUAUGAUAUGAUUUCUAUAUUAUAUAACUGUGAAUGUAAAAAGGUCACAGGUCGCUGUUACAGACGACUAUAGUAAUUAUGUACAUGGCCAGUGAUCUCCCUGUACCUCGUGUCUCAAUCAUAUUUUCAGGAAGGUUUAGUAAUUGAUGGUAUUCGUAGGAUAUCCCAUCACUUCAUCAUGGCAUUAUAAUUAUUUUUUAUUGUUUUAUAAUGUAGCACAUGUUUUUAGUUGGUUAGUGAUUGUUUUGCACAGCUCUAAAAGGAUAAUGAAGGCUUGUUUGUUUGAUUAUUGGUUAACACUUAAAUCAUAGGUGACAUACACUUUACAACAUUUUCACUCCAACUUCUACAUUUUGUACAUGAAAAAAACAUUUAACUCUGGAAUAGAAAGUAUUUAACUCUGAAUCAAGUAAAAGAUAUUUAACUCUCGAGUAAAUACAAUAUGUAGAAAGUUUAUGUAUAAACUGUAUUUAAAAUAUUUUUCAUCAAGCAAUCAAAAAUAUUCCGUCAAUUAUUAUGUUUUUCAUGAUAAAGAUACUGUACAUGCUUCAAUAACGAACAUUUUGUUGAGACAAGGAAUGCUUUAUCAUCAUUUUACAGUAGGAAACAUGGACCUAUUGUGAUAUCUGAUCACUAGAUAGUUUAGUAUGAAAAUAACACAAGGUGUUAUAAAACCUUACAGAAUGAUAUACAUUACAGAGGCAAGGUGGUCUAGUGGUAGGAUGUAGGGCUGUGUGACCUCAUUGUCACUAGUUCGAGUCCCAGCACAGUGGUCUAGUGGUAGGAUGUAGGUUUAUGUGACCUAAGUGUCACUAGUUCGAGUCCCAGCACAGUGGUCUAGUGGUAGGAUGUAGGGCUGUGACCUAAGUGUCACUAGUUCGAGUCCCAGCACAGUGGUCUAGUGGUAGGAUGUAGGUCUAUGUGACCUCAGUGUCACUAGUUCGAGUCCCAGCACAGUGGUCUAGUGGUAGGAUGUAGGUCUAUGUGACCUCAGUGUCACUAGUUCGAGUCCCAGCACAGUGGUCUAGUGGUAGGAUGUAGGUCUAUGUGACCUCAGUGUCACUAGUUCGAGUCCCAGCACAGUGGUCUAGUGGUAGGAUGUAGGGCUGUGACCUAAGUGUCACUAGUUCGAGUCCCGGCACGGUAGUCUAGUGGUAGGAUGUAGGGCUAUGUGAUCAAAGUGUCACUAGUUCGAGUCGUGACACAGGCGCUGUAUUGUAUCCUUGAAUAAGAUACUUUACUCUGUUGUGUACAGUUCGUACGGUAGUGUAAGAAAUGUUGUGUGUAAGCUAUUAGUGCCAAAAUGACAGCUCUGGCUGUAUGCUCCAUGUGGAGUUGAGAAAAGGCAUAGGCUUGUUGCUAUAGACAGGUUGACCACCGAUGAUCAUUUGUGAACUGCUUUGAGAUUGCUAUGCUGCUGUAUUAUAGUGGUAUAUCAAACCUUCAUCAUUAUGUUCUUAUAGUUUAAACAUUAAGAUAUGUAAUAAACAUGCUCAUUGAUGAACAGGGUUACCUUGUUCAUUGACACAUGUUUGUAGAAACAACUGACAGUGUACAGAGUGUAUGAUGUCUUUACUAAAGUCAGUCUGUCACAGCGACUGGAUUGUCUGGAGUCUGUAGAUGUCUUUACUAAAGUCAGUCUGUCACAGCGACUGGAUUGUCUGGAGUCUAGAUGUCUUUACUAAAGUCAGUCUGUCACAGCGACUGGAUUGUCUGGAGUCUGUAGAUGUCUUUACUAAAGUCAGUCUGUCACAGUGACUGGAUUGUCUGGAGUCUAGAUGUCUUUACUAAAGUCAGUCUGUCACAGUGACUGGAUUGUCUGGGGUCUGUAGAUGUCUUUACUAAAGUCAGUCUGUCACAGUGACUGGAUUGUCUGGAGUCUAGAUGUCUUUACUAAAGUCAGUCUGUCACAGUGACUGGAUUGUCUGGAGUCUAGAUGUCUUUACUAAAGUCAGUCUGUCACAGUGACUGGAUUGUCUGGAGUCUAGAUGUCUUUACUAAAGUCAGUCUGUCACAGUGACUGGAUUGUCUGGAGUCUAGAUGUCUUUACUAAAGUCAGUCUGUCACAGUGACUGGAUUGUCUGGGGUCUGUAGAUGUCUUUACUAAAGUCAGUCUGUCACAGUGACUGGAUUGUCUGGAGUCUAGAUGUCUUUACUAAAGUCAGUCUGUCACAGUGACUGGAUUGUCUGGGGUCUAGAUGUCUUUACUAAAGUCAGUCUGUCACAGUGACUGGAUUGUCUGGGGUCUGUAGAUACAACUGUACAGUGUGUUGGAUGAUGUCUUUACUAAAGUAAACAGCAGCUUGAGAGAUAGAAUAUAGCCAACAAAAAUAUAUAGGGUAAAAUGUUGUGUUUGAUAGAGUUUGUAGCGGCCGCUAUGACCUUUUUACUGUGAUCCACAUGUGGCUCUUGUGAUGAUAAGCGUGGUUAGUGGUGCUGUACAGGAAUAUUGCUGAAAUGCCUUGCUGUUGUAUUUGUUUCAUUGUUUUUAUACCUGCUUAAAUCCAUGCUGUGUUCUUCCAAUCUCCUGAACCUGUGAUGCAGAGGGUCAGGUACCUUUGUGUAGUUGUUGCUUCAACAAGUCCAUGGAAACUUGUGCCCUAAGACAUUAAAAUAAAAUUUAAGAAGCUCCAACAAUGUAAAAAUGAUUGUUCUGAACAUGUUCUUAAUGUGCUAACAACCGUUAUUCAAGAAUUUUUCAUUUGGAGUUGGUAAAUAAUUGGUUUUGGUUGUGGGAUCCAAUCGUUUUCACUCAUCUGUGCUAGUCUAACCUUGUGAUGCUGUGUCAAUUUGACUUCAGGACUACAUCAAUUCAUUGACAGCUUUUACUGCUUAAUAUAGGAACUGUUAAAAAUAAGGUAUGAAGCUCAAUGACAUGAAUAUUGCCAUUUGUUCAUUUAUUUUAAAUGAUUGAUAAAGUUACACUGGCACUAAGGUAGAUUUUAGAUUUGAAAUAAAGUACUAAAUUUGAAAACUGAAUUUGACGAACAUAAAAUGCCAUAACUAUACAGACUACAUACACAGUGUUUAGAAAGUUGAUAUGAUUGUUCAACAGAAUUAAUGUCUCAAAUUCUAUCUUUCACAUUAACUGAAAUCACCUCUAAAGUUGUAUUAAAACUUCAUACUCAACGUUAACCAGAUCCAUUACCUUGUUUACAUCUAAAAAUACAGUUUUUCAGUAUUCGGCCAAGCCUCCCGUGUCCUUUUGUCAGAUCAAUAAUUGUAUGAGGGUAUGAUAGUAUACUUUUAGGUUGCCAAACGACCAGAUGUUUACCAGCAUUGAUGGGAGUAACCUCCCCUGGAUGUCUGUCAAUGUUACAGCUUCUCUACAAAUAAAGAAGGUUAUGCAA